GUUGCCGGAGGAUUGGGUUGGCGAGACAGCGUCCGCAGAUCCAGGACUGGGCUGGGGUAUACCACACUAACUAAUUGGGCUCAGGUUUCUGAGACCCAUCGGCACGCCUCCCCACAUGCAGCUAAUGCCACAUGGUAGAGAGAUAGACAGACAGAGGGGCAAACAGACAGACAGGCAGACAGAAAAACCGACGGACAUAAAGGCAGAUCGACCUUUGGGAGAACCCUUGAAAUAAACAGACGUGGCUCUGUGAGUCACACCUGGAUUAGUACCGUACAACACUGACUGCAUACAGGACCUGAGCCUGUUUCCUGUGGGUUCCUAUGCACAAUGGAACAGAUACCUUCACGGAUGUUUUGAGGGUUACCUAUUUUGAUUUCAUCCUCUUCGUACUACUUUUGCUGUCUUUUUCUUUUUGUCCUUUUUUCCUUCUUUCAUUUUUCCUCUUUUUUUUCUUUUUUACAUUGGAGUUCCAGCGUCUUUUCAUAUAUUGACUUAUGGAGGAAACACCACGUGCCCUCGUCCUCCUCUCGAGAAGGCAGGUGAGAUCGUCAUGGGUGCAGUUGAAGUGAUUAAGUUUGCCUGCGCUGAUCACCACAAUAACCAGCUGGUUUUAUUUCAUCAAUCACAACCAGAAUGGAUGAUAAAGACUGUUCACACUUCUGCUGAGGAAGGGCCAAAGAACUGAGCAAAUGGACAUUGAAUGUCAGUGCUGGACCAAAAACCAAUCAGACGAGUGCCACUGCACUGACAACAACCAAUCAGAUGAGUGCAACUGGACUGAUAACAACCAAUCAGAGGAAGAGGAGAGCUACAUUGAGGAGGAUGAGGAGUACCUAUGCGCAACCCAAGAUGGCUUUGAGGCCGACCUCUACAGAAGUCCCCAGCUGGACAGGGACGUAGCGGCAGCGAGGGACAUCUACCAGGACUCUGCUGUCUCCGUCAGAGAAUACAGGUCGAUCGAUGACGUGGACGUUGACCUGCACAUCAACGUCAACUUCUUGGAUGAUGACGUGGCCAGGGCGUGGAAGAUCAUCCCAGGGGAACCCAUUAUCAUCCGGCUGCGCUUCUCUCUGUCCCAGUACUUGGAUGGGCCAGAACCCACUGUGGAGGUCUUCCAGCCGUCUAACAGAGAUGCAUUUAGCCUGGGUCUGCAGCUACGAAAGGUUUUGAGCAGCUUCGUGUCCCAGCAGUGGAAGGACCUGAGCAAUGAAACACUUGUGGCCCAACAGAAGACCCGACACAGCUGGUUCAAACCUGGAGGAACCAUCAAAAGGUUCCGGGCCGGACUCAGCAUCCUGUCACCCGGGUCCAGACCCGGUGAAGUCCACAACGGCCAAGAUCCUUUGCCUCUGAAGGUAAAGCUGGUUGGACCAGAGAUGAGAAUCAAUCGACUCAUGAACCGGACUGUUUCUUACACUAUUAAGAACCCUACAGGAGAAUUGUUCACCUACACACCUAAUGGCAAGAGGGUGGCGGUGUCUGCAGUUCGGUCUCCAGCUCACAUCACAACCAAACAGCUGAUCGAGCUGCUCUUCUCCUCUGAGGCCCUGGUUCACUGCAAGUCAGUCCCCACAUUACAACAUGGUUUCUUAGUACAGAAAUCGAGACUCAUCAGACCAGGCAACAUUCUUCCAGUCUUCAACUGUCCAAUUUUGGUGAUGAAAUAUGCAGAACAGAGGAUUCCCACUCUGAAUGAAUAUUGUGUUGUCUGCGACGAGCGACACGUUUUUCAGAACGGCUACAUGUUAAAGUCUACCGUGUGCGGCCGGGAACUGUGUGUGUUCUCUUUUUAUACGUUGGGAGUGAUGGCCGACGCUUCAGAGGAGGUGGCCACUGGAGCAGAGGUGGUGGACCUGCUGGUGGCCAUGUGCAGGGCCGCUGUGGAGUCCUCUCGGAAUACCGUCAUCCUCGAACCGUACCCCUCAGUGGUCGAUCCAUUGAACCCCAAGUCCCUGGCCUUCAGUCCUGAGAGGAAGAGCUUCGACAGGCUGCUGAAAGCUCUGGACAGCGUCAUGAUGAUCAGGCAGAUGACACAGGGUCCAUAUUCAUCGAUCAAGAAACAGAUGGACACAGUAGAUCCACUUGCUCACCCUUUGCUGCGAUGGAUAAUAUCAAGCAACAGAUCACAUAUUGUCAAGCUGCCGUUGAACAGGCAACUAAGGUUCAUGCACACACCCCAUCAGUUCCUGUUAAUCAGCAGCCCUCCUGCCAAAGAGGCUCGCUUUCGGGCAGCGAGAAAACUCUAUGGCAGCACCUUUGCCUUCCAUGGUUCCCAUAUAGAAAACUGGCAUUCUAUCAUGAGGAAUGGACUAGUCAACGCCUCAUGCACAAAACUGCAGCUACAUGGUGCUGCAUAUGGGAAGGGCAUCUACCUGAGCCCAGUGUCAAGCAUCUCCUUUGGAUACUCCGGGAUGGGUAGAGGACAGCACGACAUACCCACUAGACAAGAGCUGGUCAACCUUAACAACCACAUCAACACCCUGAAACAGGAACAACCAGGACGUUCCAGGUUCCUUCAGAGCAGGAAUUUAAAUUGUAUUGCGAUUUGUGAAGUGAUAACAUCUAAGGAUCUUCAGAAACACAGGGAUGUAUGGGUGUGUCCAAUGUCUGACCACGUGUGCACACGAUUCUUCUUUGUGUAUGAGAAUGGCCAGGUGGGAGAUGCCAACGUCAACACCCAGGACAUCCGCAUUGAAAAGGAGAUUAUCAGGGUGAUCGGGACUAAGUCCUGCUGAGGGACGGUCUGUGUACCGGAUCACCAUGGCGUGCCACCUGCCGCUGUGGGUGCAUUCCUCUGCUCAGACCAUGCUCAUACCUGACAGAUCGUGCAAUGCCUCACUAAAUAUGAUGAUGUAAUAGACUACCAUAUAGUGUGCUAGAGCAAACUGUGAGUCAAUGAGACAUGAAAGAAAAAUAAAUGCAUGCAAUGUCUGACCUGGAACAGGAGACCAGGACUACAGUAUGGAUCUGAGAGGGAAGUAUUUUUCGUGCUACUGAGUUGAACUAAAACAACACAAGCCAAAUCGGAUCAAGCCAGGCAACAAAGAACUAUGGGGGCAGAAUGUAUCCUAGUGGUUGAGAUCGUUUGGCUAGUAUUGGCUGAUCCACUAGCUGAAGGAGUCAGAUCUGGAGAAAAAAAAAACAUUUAUAAUUCACACACAUAUACAAGUACACAUAUUUCACACAUUUGCAAUACAGUUGCGCUCAAAAGUUUGCAUACCUGAGAUGAAAACAUGAGUGAGCAGGCAAAACACAUGUCUUUUAUUUCUUAUGGGAUUCAUAUUCAACUGUAGGUUAUA